AUGGAGCAGUUCGUCAGGAAGCGCUUGAGCUUCCUGACAUCCUUCUGGAACAAGCUCCGUCCCCGUGCCGUGACGGAGAGCUGCUCCCUGGGGUAUCUUGGUUCUGAUUCCGUUUCGCUGCACUCGGAGCCGAACUCCAUUUCCUUCAUCCCCAAGUCUUCUCUCUGUAUCGCUUUAUACGCUUUCACAGCCCGGAGCUCCGAGGAACUGAGCGUAAGCGCAGGGGACAAACUGCGUGUGCUCAGAGAAGAGGGGGAGUACGUGUUAGCCCGGCGGCUGCUGGGGGAGCCGGCCAUGGGCUACGUCCCUGCUGCCUACGUGGCCAACCUCAGCCAGGGCACCUCAGCUCACCGCCCCUGGUACUUCAGCAGGAUUAGCCGAAACGAAGCGGAACAGCUCCUCCUCUCGCCUCCCAACCAGCACGGCUCCUUCCUUGUCCGGGACAGUGAGAGCAGCAAGGGCGAAUACUCUCUCUCAGUGCGCAACCACACCAAGGUCAGCCACUUCCGAAUCUGCAAGAGCCCCAGGGGCAACCUCUACAUCCAGAAGGGACACCCCUUCCCCAACAUGGAGGAGCUCCUCGCCUUCUACAUGGAGCACUGGAAGGUCAUCCAGAGCCCUCUGCUGCAGCCCUGCAGCCCCGCGACCCCCCCUGAGAGGGAUGGCUGGGAGCGCCCGCGCUGGGAGUUCACCCUGCGGAGGAAGCUGGGAGAGGGCUACUUCGGAGAGGUGUGGGAAGGGCUGUGGAGGAACACGGUGCCAGUGGCCAUCAAGAUCAUAAAAGCUGACAUGAAAGCAGAAGACUUCACCAAGGAGAUUCAGAACCUGAAGCGCCUGAGGCACGAGAAGCUGAUCCAGCUGCACGCUGUCUGCUCGCUGGAUGAGCCCGUGUACAUCAUCACUGAGCUCAUGCGCAAAGGCAACCUCCACAGCUACCUCAACAGUCCUGAAGGGAAGUCCCUGGGCACCUCCCACCUGCUCAACAUCGCCUGCCAAGUGGCAGAUGGGAUGAGGUACCUGGAGGAGAAGCACAUUGUCCACCGGGAUCUGGCAGCCCGAAACAUCCUGGUGGGAGAGGAACUCACCUGCAAAAUUGCUGAUUUUGGACUUGCCCGGCUCCUCAAGGAUGACAUUUAUUCCACCAGCAGCAGCACUAAAAUCCCAGUGAAGUGGACAGCCCCAGAGGCAGCCAACUACCGCACCUACUCCCUCAAGUCCGAUGUCUGGUCCUACGGGAUUCUGCUCUAUGAAGUCUUCACAUAUGGACAGAUCCCGUAUGAAGGGAUGACAAACCAAGAAACUGUACGGCAAAUCACCAGGGGCUACCGCCUUCCCCGGCCCAGCUCCUGCCCUCCUGAGAUCUACAGCAUCAUGCUGGAAUGCUGGAGUGGGAACACGGAGGAGCGUCCCACCUUCCUGGCCCUGCGGGAGAAGCUGGGCUUCAUCUACAGAAGGCUGCUCAGCUCCCUCUCCUGAGGGACCCCUUCCCACCAU